AUGGCCAGUGAUUAUGAAGAAGGCCUGGAACUUGGGUUAAAAGAGCUUAAGCUUGCCAAACGGUUUCGUGAUGACCAUUUUGUUGCUGAAAGAACGGUUCAAACAACAUCAUUGGAACCACCCAACAUGCCAGUGAUUGUGGAUAGCUCUGAACCACAAGUGAGUUCUUUGAAACAAGAAACCUCAGAAGUUGGGAAAUUCGUUCAGGAGUCGAUGGAAAUGGAAUUGCAGUUGGGAAACGAAACACGACGUGAAGUGGGCAUUGAUAACGAGGGUUCGGGUUCUGAAGCAGAAUCGGACUCCUCUCGCGAGUGGAGUGCCUUGCCAGCUAUUUCCUCGUACGACGUUUACAACAAAAGCGGCGAGCUGGCUCUUGCUGCUUAUAGAGAAACAUCUAGUCGUGCAUCUUUGGGUAAUCCCGCAAGUGGAUCAUCCGACCAGCCCCAAGCUCAGAAAAAAGCGUCUACAUUCGGCUACACGAAAGUAGCAGAUGAAGAACAGGCUCAAAGAUCGCAUGCAACCAACAAAAAGACAGAGUUUCUCUUCAAUCACAAAAUCUUGAAUGAGUCAACGCAAUCCUUGAAAGGGGCAGGAACCCCACCAGAAUCUUUCGACGAAUAUGAGGAUGCAGAAGAGCACGAAUCCGAGCUGAAUUCGCGGACCCAAUUGUCUUUCACCAAAAAUUUACUCAGUGAUAGAGAGAAGCUUGCGUAUGUCGGAUCUGUUUCAGUUUUGGCUAACACUCUAUGCACCCAACUGGCACUAAGUUGUCUUUCCACAAACGUCACUGGACGCAAAAAACUAGCUCAAAAGCUACAACAUAUCCAAAGAGACAUGGGGAUGUGGAAAAGUACCGUGGUCUCGAAGUUAUGCGAGCAUUUGAAUAUAUCGCCAGAAGAAAUGAAGAUGAUAGAAAAGCUGACAGCACAUGGAAUAGAGCUCGAAGAUCUUUGCAAAUGUCUCAAGGUAUCCCAGGUGGUUGAGAACCCUUGGGAAGAAAAGAAGGAAUCAUCCGAUAAGGACCCUGACCUGAAGGAGACUGAUAUUAGCAAUCCCCCUCCCUCGACAGUAAUCCACCCGAAAGAUUUACAAAAGCAGUGUGAACUUAAAAUUGAUGUGGCUUGGACCAUUUUGUGCGACUUGUUCCUUCUUUUACUGUCAGGAGGAAGAUACGACGCCAGAUCCAGAACAUUAUUUAUUAAGUUUUCGGAGGUCCUCGACGUCUCUCGAACAGAGAUUUGUGAGUUUGAAAGACGAAUUAUAGAUGCUUUGGAUAUGGAGCAAUCUACAGAAGAACAGGUGUGGAACGAAACAGACCAUAUGAAAACUCGUCGCAAAAAGAAUAGAAAAAAGAAGCUUUAUUAUGUGGGACUCGCGACGAUUGGUGGGUCCUUAGUUUUGGGAUUGAGUGGCGGAUUAUUAGCUCCCGUCAUAGGCGCUGGUAUCGCCGCUGGACUUUCCACGGCUGGCAUAACCGGUGCUACAGGAUUCUUAACUGGGGUCGGGGGCACUGCAAUCGUCGCAGUAACGAGCACUGCUAUCGGAGCCAAGAUUGGAACUGAGGCGAUGUCGAAAAGAAUGGGAAGCGUAAGAACUUUCGAGUUCAGUCCUUUGCAUAACAACAGAAGAGUGAAUCUUAUAUUAAGCGUUGCAGGGUGGAUGACUGGUAAUGAGGAUGAUGUUAGGUUGCCCUUUUCUACUGUAGAUCCAGUAGAGGGAGACUUGUAUUCUCUGCAUUGGGAGCCUGAAAUGCUGAAAUCCACCGGGCAGACGAUCAAUAUUUUGGCGAGUGAAAUCUUCACACAAACAGUCCAACAAAUUCUAGGAGCUACAAUUCUAACAGCCUUCAUGUCAGCGGUUCAAAUGCCAAUGAUGCUGUCGAAGCUCGGAUACCUCAUUGAUAAUCCUUGGAACGUGUCCCUGGACAGGGCAUGGGCAGCUGGUCUCAUAUUGGCUGACACUUUGAUUUCUCAAAAUCUUGGUCAACGUCCUAUAACAUUGAUUGGAUUCUCUUUGGGCGCAAGGGUAAUUUACUCAUGUUUAGUUGAACUUUGCAAACGCGGGGCAGCGGGAUUGGUGGAAAACGUUUAUCUUUUCGGAUCACCAGUUGUGUACAACCGUGAACAGUUAGUCAUGAUUAGGUCCGUCAUAAGCGGCAGGCUUGUCAAUGGAUACUCAGACAAGGACUGGAUCUUGUGUUAUCUUUUCCGAGCUACCAGUGGUGGCUUUAAAAGUGUCAUUGGCAUAUCUGAGGUCAAAGAUAUUGAAGGGAUCGAGAACUACAACUGUUCAGGCUUAGUGGAAGGACAUAUGACUUACCGGAAAACAAUGCCCAAGUUGUUGAAAGCAAUGGGAUUAUCAGUCUUGAACGAAGAGUUUGAUGACAUUGAGGAAAUGUCUGAUCCGGAGCACCUUCACCGUCAAAGGCAAUUGGGGCUCGAUCUGGAAAAGGCCCAUGAGGCGUCUUCUAAAAGGAAGCGUGCCAGUUGGGUCCCUGGUUGGAUGAAACCCAAAAAGGCAAAAUGGCAGGAAAUGUAUGAAGAGUCCACCAGCGCGCAAGGACAGAAGUCGCAUGAUAAUAAAGUUGAGUCGUCUGAUGUCGUGGGUGAAAAAAAGAGUGCAGAUGCAGCCAUCGUGAAUACGAGCGCUUUGAUGAAAGAGUUGAAUAAGCUCAAAAAAAAAGCAGCAAACACACAGGAUGAGGCGAAGAGCAGUUCCCCCUCCAAACAAUCAGCGAAUGAUCAUGAUUCAGGUCUUGCUGGGGAUAAAGAGCUAAGUGAGUCCGCAGUCAUGCACUCUUUAAUGAGCGCCGGGAAAGUGGUUUUGCCUGAAGACUCAGUAAGCUUCCAAAAACGGGACCGUGAGCCCGUCGAUUUUGCAUUUUCAGAUGACUUUUGA